AUGCCUAUUCUGAGUGCUAUUCCAAAAAGAAGAAGAGUUGUGCAAGGUGAUGAAGAAAGGGAAGAAAAUGCUCAAAUUCCUAUUCAAGUUCCUCAAAAUACGUCCCUUCCAGUAAAUUCAAGUCAGCAAAUAGGGGCUGGUAUUCCUCAGGUCGCAAGUGGAAACACCCUACCUGGGAAUCAAAACCCGAGUGGUUAUCCUUUACAUAAUAUACCACUUCAUCAUGCACACAAUGUACCGCUCAAUAGCUCAUCGGUUUCCAAUAACAAUCCGAGUCAACAAAUACAACAAUCAAACCAUCCUCUGAAUAACUCCAAUAUCAAGCAUAAGCAACCAAAAAAGAGAAAGCCUGUACGCUAUCUGAAGUUGCAUGAAAGCACAAAGAAAAUUUUGUCUGCAUUGUCUGAGGCCAAUUCUGGAUUGUCCAUCCUUGACUGGGUCAU